GGACAGAGUUUGAUGGUGAUGAUAAACGGCAGUAUUUACAUCAAGAGUUUGAUGCACGCGCUCAAACGAGGGAUGCCGAGGUCAAGCGUGAGUCAAGUGGCACGCGUCACCAAAGAUCUCCUCCCUAAACUUAAAGGUUUGAAAACAUCAGACGUUGUUUGUGUCAUCAGGGAUGAGUUGUCACAGAUCGAGCCUCGUCUCUCCAAUGGACAACUCGCUGUUCUCUUGGACUUCAUUCUACAAACGUAUGUUCCUCAUCAACGCCUCUAUCAGGCUUUUUUAAAUGGUGACACAGGCCUCAGACACAUCAGAUCUGAACUUGAGAUUGAAAGGCCACCUCAUCCUCCACCUCUCUGUGAGGGAACAGAUGCUGUGGAGCUGGAAGAGCGGCAGGUUUUUAAAGAGACUCGGUCCAAGAAAGAAGCAGAAAUCAUGAAACUAAAGGUGAAGACCGAAGCUCAGAUGAUGGCAAAGUUGCAGGCCAGUUUAAGUGAUCUUCCACCUGAGGGCAACAUGAGCAGACAGGAGGUGGAGGAGUUAUUGCACAGUUUUCUGCAGUCGCAAGGACAAAUUAUACGGGAUUGUUUGAUGGAGGAAGCCAAUCUCAUGGACAACCUGCUGCAUUUAAAACUGAGGCAGAAAUCUCAGCUAACAGAAACACACAUCACAAAUGAUCCGGUUUCUAUCGAACAACACUCUGUGCUAAACCCAACAAAAAAUCAAUAAGUUUGAUAGACAAAUGGUUGAAUACUGAUAUUAUAAUGCAAAAUAAUAAUAAUAUGUACAAUCU